ACAAAAGCCAUUCCGGACGGAGCGCACAGCGCACAAAGCGAGCUCAAAAACAAAAAUUGUAUUUUUAAUUCUGUUUUACGUUCUUUUUUGCCCGAUUUAACAUAUAUUUAUUAUAAAAAGAACAACAAACUUCUACAAUAAAAGCAAAGCAUUAAGCAGACAAUAACAAAACCGCGCACAGCAGCCCUUUUUAACAGAACCUGUUCUGUUACCCUGUGUCUGUGUGGUGACGCAUGUGUGUGCGUGUGUAUGCGCCGCUGCUGCUUAUGCAAAUUCGAUAAGCAGAACAGCAACAAUAACAACAACAGAGACAACAACACACACCUGGCAGCUGAUUUGCAGCAAUGAAAGUUCAGCUUCAGCUGCUGUUGCUGCUGCUACUGUGACACGAACAUCCAACAACAACAAAGAGAGAGAGAGAGUGUGAGAGAGAAGAGACCAACGCAAGGGAUUUCGGUAUUUCGCUAUUGAUAUUGAUAUGUAUCGCAACAAGAGGAACAACAUUUGUUAUUAAUGACGAAGUCAAAAGAAUGCGAACCGUAAAUUAAAAAAGAUAAAGAAGAAAGCAAACAAAAUCCGGAAUUUUACAACACUGCCAACACGUUGACCACUGCUGUUAACAAAUAUUAAUUAAAAACACUACGCCACAAUAGGGGUUUGUCCCUUGUGUCCUGCAACUAGUUCUGUACCAGAUCCCGCUUCAACUGUGCCAAGAUGUAUAAGCUAUUGGGUAGCCUAAAGAGCUACCUAAAGUGGCAGGACAUCCAGACGGACAAUGCCGUCUUCCGUCUGCACAACUCCUUCACAACGGUACUGCUGCUCACCUGCAGCCUGAUCAUCACGGCCACACAGUACGUGGGCCAGCCGAUCAGCUGCAUUGUGAACGGCAUUCCGCCGCAUGUGGUGAAUACCUUCUGCUGGAUACACAGUACGUUCACCAUGCCGGAUGCGUUCAACCGUCAGGUCGGUCGCGAGGUGGCACAUCCUGGCGUUGCCAAUGAUUUUAAUGACAAGGAUGCCAGAAAGUACUACACCUACUAUCAAUGGGUUUGCUUUGUGCUCUUCUUUCAGGCCAUGGCCUGUUAUACGCCCAAGUUUCUGUGGAACAAAUUCGAGGGCGGUUUGAUGCGCAUGAUUGUCAUGGGUCUGAACAUAACGAUCUGCACACUCGAGGAGAAGGAGGCGAAGCGAGAUGCUCUGCUCGACUAUCUCAUUAAGCAUGUGAAGCGCCAUAAAUUGUAUGCCAUACGCUAUUGGGCGUGCGAGGUGCUCUGCUGUGUCAAUAUUGUGGUGCAGAUGUAUCUGAUGAAUCGGUUCUUCGAUGGCGAGUUCUUAUCGUAUGGCACGAACAUAAUGGGACUGUCGGAUGUGCCGCAGGAGCAGCGUGUCGAUCCGAUGGUCUACGUAUUUCCGCGCGUCACCAAAUGCAUCUUCCACAAAUACGGUGCUGGCGGCUCACUGCAGACGCACGACUCCCUCUGCAUAUUGCCGCUCAACAUUGUGAAUGAGAAGACGUAUGUGUUCAUUUGGUUCUGGUACUGGAUAUUGCUUGUGCUGCUCCUCGGACUGAUGAUAUACCGCGCUUGCAUCAUCUUCAUGCCCAAAUUCCGGCCGCGUCUGCUGAAUUCGCGCAAUCGCACGAUAUCCAUUGAGACCUGUCGUAAGCUCUCCAAUCGCCUGGACAUUGGCGACUGGUGGCUCAUCUAUAUGCUCGGACGCAAUCUCGAUCCGGUCAUCUACAAGGAUGUGAUGACCGAGUUUGCCAAACAGGUGGAACCCUCGAAGAACGAUCACGCCAAGUGAUCAACGACGAGACACAGACACAGAGAGAGAGAGAGAGAGAGAGAAAGGGAGAGAGAGAGAACGGGAGAGAGAGGGAGAGAGAGAGAGAGAGAGGGAAAGAGAAAGAGAGCGAUGAAGAGUGAGAGACCCUCUGGAUUAUAUUCAUAAUUAUUAUUAUUAUUACUACUAUUUAGCACAAAUCAUGACAAAUUAGUUGAAAACCACCACACUGAACGAAAAAAGACAAUGAAAACUGAAAAAGACAUGGCAUUAGGCACUCUACUAAUGCUCAUUCCUCAACCCAAACCCAAAUUCCACCUGUCCAAGCCCCCAUAAAUUCGAAAACUGAGAAACUCUUAAUCAAUGAUCACAACUCUAUUCUAGUUUCGAAUCGCAUGGCAUAAACAAAAAAAAAGAAAGAAAAAAUAGAGAAAAAAAAACUGUUGAAACUGAAAUUUUUAUCAGUUUUUCAUUUGACCAACAAAACGAAGCAAAAAAUAUUUUUUUAUUUUUUUUCUUACUUUUAAAAUUAAUUUAAAACUUAGCAUGUAUUUAUAUAGUCCUAAAAAGAAAUCAACAACAACAUUUACGGCCCAAAAAAUUCUAAAAAUUUUAUAUUUAUGAAAUUAAUCGCAACUUGCAACUGCCAGCAUAAAAAACAGACCAACAAUUACAACAAUAGCAACGCAUAAUGACAUAAUAAACAUAUAAAUAUUGCUUUUGAGUCUUUCAUAAAUAAAUAAUAAAUCGCAAGAUUAUAAUAUUAUAUAUAAUUCGUAGCCUGAAAGCGUUUUUCUGGAACAUUUUCAUUUUGGAGCUGUUUCUUAUCGAUGGCAGAGAUAAUUAAAUGUUAAGUUUAUUGUGUAGUUUUAGGCGAAAAUUGCAAGUUUUUUUUUUUGAUAAAAGAGAAAUAUAAACAUAUAUACAAUACGUAUACAAUAAACUAUAUACUUUUA